ACAAACAUCUCAUCUACAAACAUCUCAACUACAAACAUCUCAUCUACAAACAUCUCAUCUACAAAAAUCUCAUCUACAAACAUCUCAUCUACAAACAUCUCAACUACAAACAUCUCAUCUACAAACAUCUCAUCUACAAAAAUCUCAUCUACAAACAUCUCAUCUACAAACAUCUCAACUACAAACAUCUCAUCUACAAACAUCUCAUCUACAAACAUCUCAUCUACAAACAUCUCAACUACAAACAUCUCAUCUACAAACAUCUCAUCUACAAACAUCUCAUCUACAAACAUCUACUCUACAAACAUCUCUACAAACAUCUCAUCUACAAACAUCUCAUCUACAAACAUCUCAACUACAAACAUCUCAUCUACAAAUAUCUCAUCUACAAAUAUCUCAACUACAAACAUCUCAUCUACAAACAUCUCAUCUACAAAUAUUUCAACUACAAACAUCUCAUCUACAAACAUCUCAUCUACAAACAUCUCAACUACAAACAUCUCAACUACAAACAUCUCAUCUACAAAUAUCUCAUCUACAAAUAUCUCAACUACAAACAUCUCAUCUACAAAUAUCUCAUCUACAAAUAUCUCAUCUACAAACAUCUCAGCUACAAACAUCUCAUCUACAAACAUCUCAGCUACAAACAUCAAUAAAUAA